CUUUCCACUGCACGUUGUGUACGUGGGCGCCACCGACACUAUCCUCAGAGCCAGAACCACCAUGCUCUUCAAAACCUUGCGGAAAAUCCCAGAGUUGAGCAACAUGUCAUUACCAGAAGAUGAACAAGGAGCGGAAGGCAUGGCUACAGAACCAGAACAUCACCGCCGUCCUCUUCUUCGUCCUCUUUAUCUACGUCUUUUUCCACACUAUUCCCUCGGCCUCAACCCCCUCGCACACCGUUUCCGUUCCCAGUAGCUCAAAUCCCUCCCGCGUGAAAAUUUACCUCUAUCCUCUCCCGAGAAAGUUCACGAACGGCGUCGUCGAGCGCUACUGGAGGGCACGGGGGAUCUUCGACGUGGCAAACCUCAAGUACCCGAGUCACCAACACUCUGCCGAGUGGCACUUGCUCCUGGACUUGACCAGAGAUGAAAGAGACCGGGUCGGGUCACCUGUCAUGCGGGUCUCGAAUCCCGAAGAGGCGGAUUUGUUUUACGUGCCGUUCUUCUCAUCGUUGAGCUGGGUCGCGAGCAAGAUCCGUUCUCUAAACGGGUCAGUUCGGUCCACGAAGCCGUGGGACGCGGAAGCUCAGGAGGAGUUGGUGGCAUGGUUGGAGGAGAAGGAGCACUGGAGGAGGAGCCAGGGGAGGGACCAUGUAGUGAUGUGCCAGAACCCGAAUGCGCUGUGGCGGGUGAAGGAUCGGAUCAAGAACGCAGUGUGGGUGGUGUCGGAUUCCAGGCGGGUCAGACCGCACCACUUGUCGUUGGCCAAGGACGUGGUCGUGCCGUACUCGCAUCGGGUUAGCACGUACCAUGGAGGUAUCGGUGUUGAGAAGCGGAAAACGUUGUUGUUCUUCGUGGGCAAUCGGUAUCGCCCAGGGGUAGGCAAAGUCCGUGAGUUGCUUUUUCAAACACUUGAAAAUGAAGAAGAUGUCAUAAUAAAGUAUGGAGCACCAUCACGAAAUAAUCAGCUUUUAGCUUCACAAGGGAUGCACUCAUCCAAGUUCUGCUUACAUCCUGCUGGUUCAACGCCGGCAUCAUGUCGACUUUUUGAUGCUAUACAUAGCUUGUGUAUCCCAGUAAUAGUCAGUGACAAUAUUGAAUUGCCCUUUGAAGAUGUCAUUGACUACAGAAAGAUUGCAAUAUUUGUACAAUCCACCUACGCUGUAAAGCAGGGAUUUUUAGUUAUGAUGUUGAGAAAUGUAACCACCGAGAGGAUUCUGGAGUACCAGCGGGAGCUGAAGUUGGUGAGACGAUACUUUGACUAUAAAGAUCGAAAUGGACCAGUAAAUGAAAUUUGGCGCCAAGUAUUGCAGAAGCUUCCAUUGAUUAAACUGAUGAUAAAUCGUGACAAAAGGCUUGCCAUGAUGCAUGUGAUUGAACCAGACUACUCUUGUAUCUGUUCAAACAAAACUGGGGUUACUAUGGCCACCGUAUGAUGCCAUCUUUGACAAUCAUUCAAAAACUUCAUACCUGCGUAGUAUCGGUGUAUUUUAUUUAUUUUUAUUUAUUUACAUUACUGAAGUGGAUGGCUUUACUUUCUUUCUUAUGUAGAAAAACGAUGAAUGUCCACUAUAUAAUAUAUACUUUUUCCUUUGAA